UGAAGUGAUUCAUGACACAUGGAAAUGUGCUGCCGCCUGAAAGUGGAGCUCAUUUAUUCCAGCUCUGCAUGCGGCUCGCUGGCCACCACAUCAGCGGGUUAACGGGGACCUCGGGAGCCAGCCCGAGUCCGGCGGGGUCUCUUCCUCUGCAGAGGCAGCAGUCACGGGGUCCUGCACGCUCUCCAGGAGCAGGGGGAGUUUAUUUCUGGGAAUCCUGCGUGCGCCUGGAGCGAAGUGGGAAUUUUAGGAUUUGAUGAAUCCACCUGCCGCGGCUCGGGUUUCCAAACGGAACUUCGGGCGAAACUUUGCAGUGAUGUGAAGAUUUGAUGUAAGGAUGCGCUGACAUCACGGAGGAUUCAGUUUUAGCAAUGCUUUUGAAAGCCCGAGGAACUGUGAACUUUAUUUUGUGGAUCUUUAACUUUUUAAUUUAUUGGAUUUGGGUUGAAGCACAGAUGGGGUUCGACAGUCCUCUCUCUGCACAGGAGCAGAUGUUCAUCCUGUAUGAAGUCAAAAUGCGGUGCUAUCAGAACCUGUCCAGUAUGGAGCCAACAACCACAGAUGACGUGUGCCCUCCAGACUGGGACGGUCUUAUUUGUUGGCCUCAUGGCUCACCUGGGCAGAUUAUGAAGGUUCCCUGCCCAGCUUACAUCUAUGACUUCAAUCACAAAGGACACGCUUACAGGAGGUGUGAUGUCAACGGUUCCUGGGUCUUUGUGGAGCAAUGGAACAAAACAUGGACCAAUUAUUCAGAGUGUCUACGGUUCCUUCAGCCCCUCAGUGACGAGGAAGCAAGACAAGACUUCUUUGAGCGGCUGUAUGUCAUGUACACCACCGGCUACGCCGUGUCCUUCAGCUCUCUGCUAGUGGCCAUCAUGAUCAUUGGAUACUUCCGGCGCCUUCACUGCACCAGAAACUACAUCCACAUGCACUUGUUUGUUUCCUUCAUGUUGCGGGCUGUCAGCAUUUUUGUGAAGGACAAAGUUGUCUAUUCGAGUGCCGGAUUGCAAGACUUUGACUCAGCCCUGCUGGAUAACCUGAAAACAGUGAGCAUUUCAUCACUCGACAAGUCCCAGUAUAUCGGCUGCAAGGUGACGGUGCUGCUCUUCAUCUACUUCCUUGCCACCAACUACUUCUGGAUUCUGGUGGAAGGCCUCUACCUGCACAGCCUCAUCUUCAUGGCGUUUCGCUCAGACUCCAAAUACCUGUGGGGAUUCAUAUUCAUUGGAUGGGGUGUCCCUGCUGUGUUUGUCGCAAUCUGGGCGAUCGUCAGGGCAACGCUGGCAGAUGCAAGGUGCUGGGAGUUAAGUGCUGGUAACAUCAAAUGGAUUUACCAGGUUCCUAUCUUGACAGCAAUUGGGCUCAACUUUAUUUUGUUUGUGAACAUCGUCCGAGUGCUGGCCACAAAGAUCCGAGAGACAAACGCAGGGAGAUAUGACACCAGGAAGCAGUACAGAAAAUUGGCAAAGUCCACCCUUGUGCUGGUGCUUGUGUUUGGCAUCCACUACAUCAUCUUCGUUGGACUUCCUCACACAUUCGAAGGACCAAGCUGGGAGAUUCGCAUGUAUUGUGAGCUAUUCUUCAACUCCUUUCAGGGCUUCUUUGUGUCCAUUAUUUAUUGCUAUUGCAACGGAGAGGUUCAGACAGAAAUAAAGAAAACAUGGACACGCUGGAACCUUGCCUUUGAGUGGGAGGGCCCGGUGGUCUGCGGUCGCUACCGUUACGGCUCUGUGGUCGUAGGUCUCAACAACAGCACCAGCAGUCAGUCCCACCUGGCCGGUGGAGGCCUUUCCACACGCUCCACCACACUCGCUUCAAGUAGAGCUUAUCGAAGCACUGGCGCGCCCUCCAUCAAUGUGCAUGCCACCCUGCCGGGUUAUGUGAUGACAAACUCUGAUCCCUCCAUACCCGAAGAGCUGGAGGACAGCGGCCCCAAAAGAGUGGACGAUAUCUCACUGAAGGAAAACCUGCCUGUUCUGAAUAUAAGUGCAACUGCUGAGGAUGAGGAGGAAACGCUGUAGCUGGCAAAAAAUGCAAAAAGAGACUGAUUAAAUUUUCUACCGGUGGAGCAGUGAAACUCUUUACUUUCUUGUGUAAUUUAAAUUCUGACAAAGGUAGCGAACACAAACGAAAACUAAAAACGAAGGAGCAUUGUGAACUCUGUGGAUUAGUCAACACUGAAAGUAGUUCCAAUGCGAUUCCUACGUUUUUAUAUGGC